AUGCCGCCUAAGAAGCUAAACCAGCAAGAACCCUCCGCCGUCCCUGAUAUCGACGAGCUCAAAAGCAUAGCCGCGAAAUCAGAUUCGCCAGAAGACAAACUCAAAGAGGCUGCCGCAAGUGCUGAAUCUGCUCUCGCCUCGGCCAAGACGGCUUCAUCGCUGCGUUCCGCCGCCGAGACGAUCAAGGACCCAAAGAAACGGGAGAAAUACCUACAAGAUGCGUACAACAAGGAAAUUGAGGCGCACGGAAACUCUAAAAAGGCGCGUGUACUGAGCUCAGGCGCGUUCCAAGGCAGUGUAGGGGGUGGUGGUAUCGGUAUGGCUGUUGGCGCUGGACUGGGUACUGUGGUGGGUACGCUGGUCGGUACUGUGGCCACAAUACCCACGACGGCUGUUGGAACGUUGGUUGGUGCGGGCGUGGGUGGUGUGCAUGGGCCGUGGGUCAAGCUUGGUGGAGGGAAGAAAGACGACAAAGAUAAGAACAAGGAUGGACAGGCAGAAGGCGACGGCAGUGGUAAUGCGGAUGAAAAGGAUGUCGAUGGACAGAUUCAAGAUCAGAUGGGUGGGGAAGAAGAUGGUAUACCGGAUCCUGAGGCACUAAGACGGGCGGCAGAUGAGUUUGCGCAACAGCGGAAAGCUGAACAAGGAGAGAACGAUGGCGGAGAUGGGGAAAACAAGGAGAAGAAGAAACCGAGGAAGAUUGAGGUACGAAGUAAAUAA